AGAGGAAGGUGAUUGGUUCCAAGUGAGAUGGAAGCAAGCUUGGUGUUGAAGCAGAUACCAAGCUGCUUGAGUCUUCCUUGGCUUCCCCGUCAAUUACCCACUUCCAAAAUUUUCUCUUUCUCUUCCUCGUUCAAGUCCCACUUGCUGUUUCUCAAUCCCAAAUGCUUGUCUCCCUCUACAUCUCAGAUUGAUCACCAAUUUAUUUGGAAUAGCAGCAAUGAGGCAACCAAGCCCAGAACUACCAGCAAGAAGAAAAAAUUCAAUAACAAGAAAAAUAUUGGCGUCCCCAUAUCAAAUACCAACAAAUCUACUGCUGCUAGUAGAAAUCCUGACGUUGGAAAGGUUGUAGUCCCAGAAGAGCGUGAGAAGAAGGUCAAGAUGAAGGUAAAUGUUCGAGCUUUGAAUCAGAACGGGGAUCCUCUGGGGCGGAGGGAUCUUGGGAAGAGCGUAGUGAAAUGGAUUAGCCAAGGAAUGAGAGCAAUGGCCACGGAUUUUGCUUCCGCCGAGACGCAGGGGGAGUUCUCGGAGCUUAGGCAGAGGAUGGGGCUGGAGGCCGGCUUGACUUUUGUGAUUCAGGCGCAGCCUUAUAUUAAUGCUGUUCCUAUUCCUUUGGGUUUAGAAGCCCUUUGUUUAAAGGCCUGUACUCACUAUCCCACUCUGUUUGAUCACUUCCAGAGGGAGUUGCGUGAUGUUCUUCAAGAGCUUCAGCGUAAAGGGUUGAUCCAAAAUUGGCAACAGACUGAGUCUUGGAAGUUGCUCAAGGAGCUCGCCAAUUCAGUUCAGCAUAGAGCAGUGGCAAGGAAAGUGUCGCAAGCAAGGCCUUUGCAGGGAGUUUUGGGGAUGGACUUGGAGAAGGCUAAAGCAAUACAGGGAAGGAUUGACGAGUUUACCAAGAAAAUGUCAGAAUUACUCCGUAUUGAAAGGGAUGCUGAAUUGGAAUUCACUCAGGAGGAGUUGAAUGCUGUUCCUACACGCGAUGAAAGUUCUGAUGCAUCUAAACCGAUUGAGUUCUUGGUUAGCCAUGGCCAGGCUCAGCAAGAGCUCUGUGACACAAUCUGCAACUUGUAUGCAGAUAGUACAUCUACAGGAUUGGGAGGAAUGCACCUAGUAGUGUUCAGGGUUGAAGGAAAUCACCGACUGCCUCCUACUACCCUUUCACCUGGAGAUAUGGUUUGUGUGAGGAUUUGUGAUAGCAGGGGUGCAGGUGCAACCUCUUGCAUUCAGGGUUUUGUGAACAACCUUGGGGAGGAUGGCUGUAGCAUCAGUGUUGCUUUAGAAUCUCGUCAUGGUGAUCCCACCUUUUCUAAGCUUUUCGGCAAAAGUGUUCGUAUUGAUCGUAUCUAUGGAUUAGCAGAUGCACUUACAUAUGAGCGUAAUUGUGAGGCCCUGAUGCUGCUUCAGAAGAAUGGUCUGCAGAAGAAAAAUCCCUCAAUUGCUGUUGUGGCUACAUUAUUUGGCGACAAGCGGGAUGUUACAUGGUUGGAGGAGAAUCAUUUGGCAGACUGGCAUGAAGCAGAUAUGGAUGGAUCUCUUGAAAGUACAAUGUUUGAUGAUUCACAGCAGAAGGCCAUUGCCAGGGGAUUGAACAAGAAGCGACCAUUAUUGAUAAUCCAAGGGCCUCCUGGUACUGGAAAGUCAGGUUUGCUCAAGGAAAUUAUUGUACGUGCUGUCCACCAAGGUGAAAGGGUGCUUGUGACUGCACCUACAAAUGCAGCUGUUGACAAUAUGGUUGAAAAGCUUUCAAAUAUAGGGUUAGACAUUGUGCGGGUUGGUAAUCCAGCACGUAUUUCUUCAACUGUAGCAUCAAAGUCAUUGAGUGAAAUAGUGAAUUCUAAGCUUGCAACUUUUCGGAUGGAGUUUGAAAGGAAAAAAUCUGAUCUGAGAAAGGACCUGAGGCAUUGUUUAAAGGAUGAUUCUUUAGCUGCUGGUAUUCGUCAGCUUUUAAAACAGCUUGGGAAGACACUGAAGAAGAAGGAGAAGGAGACUAUGAAGGAGGUGCUAUCAAGUGCACAGGUAGUGCUUGCAACCAACACUGGAGCUGCUGAACCACUUAUUCGAAGGCUGGAUACUUUCGACCUGGUUGUUAUAGAUGAAGCAGGGCAGGCAAUAGAACCCUCUUGCUGGAUCCCAAUAUUGCAGGGUAGACGCUGUAUUCUUGCUGGGGAUCAAUGCCAGCUUGCUCCUGUUAUUCUAUCAAGAAAAGCCUUGGAGGGUGGCCUUGGUGUAUCUCUACUUGAAAGAGCUGCGACUCUGCAUGAAGGGGUCCUUGCGACCAAGUUAACGACACAAUAUCGUAUGAAUGAUGCAAUAGCCAGUUGGGCCUCCAAGGAGAUGUAUGGUGGAUUGUUGAAGUCUUCUUCAAAAGUUGCUUCGCAUCUUCUUGUGGAUUCUGCAUUUGUUAAGCCUACGUGGAUAACUCAAUGCCCCCUGCUGUUACUUGACACAAGAAUGACAUAUGGAAGUUUGUCAGUAGGUUGCGAAGAGCAUUUAGACCCAGCUGGAACGGGUUCAUUUUAUAAUGAGGGGGAAGCUGAAAUUGUUGUGGAACAUGUAUUUUCCUUAAUUUAUUCAGGUGUUAGACCAACAAGUAUUGCUGUUCAAUCACCUUAUGUUGCUCAAGUACAACUCUUGAGGGAAAGGCUGGAUGAACUUCCAGAGGCGGCUGGCAUUGAGGUUGCAACCAUUGAUAGCUUCCAGGGUCGGGAGGCUGAUGCAGUAAUCAUAUCAAUGGUCCGUUCAAACACCUUAGGAGCUGUUGGAUUCCUCGGGGACAGCAGGCGAAUGAAUGUUGCCAUCACAAGAGCACGAAAACAUGUAGCAGUCGUCUGUGAUAGCUCAACAAUAUGCCACAACACUUUCCUGGCCAGGCUCUUGCGCCACAUCCGCUAUUUUGGUAGGGUGAAGCAUGCUGAGCCUGGUAGUUUUGGGGGAUCUGGACUUGGUAUGGAUCCAAUGUUACCAUCAAUUAGUUGAGUACAUAUCACACAUUUGAUUUGGAUUUGGUAUGCUCCAACUGGAAAUUGAUUUGGAGGAGAACUUAACACAGAUGCUUGGUUUCUUUCCUAUCCAGAAUCUGCUUUUGAAUCCAUUUAUGUACAGCAGGUUUUCCAUUUUUGUGUCUGUUAUUAUUGGACAGAUUUGUAUAUAAACAGCAAAAAAAAAAAUUCUAAAUUGUAUACGAUUUUGAAGUUCAUCAAAUUUUAAUGAAAAUUCCACUUCAAGUAGUU